AUGAGAUAUCAUUUAUUAUUAGUUUCCUUACUCAGAUUUCAUUAUUUCUGGAUUAACGAUCUUAACCAUGACGGAAGACUCGAUGGAAUUGAGAUAUUGAAGUCCAUGUCACACUCCCAUGAUGCUGAAAUAUUCAGCGACGAACAGGUCGAGAAGUUGGUCGACAUAUCAUUGAACUCGCUUGAUCUCGAUCGUGAUGGUCUGGUCAGCUUUGCUGAAUAUAAGAAAAUCACCGAAUCCAAUUGA